AUAGAUAGUUAUUUGUGUUUUUUUAUUUAAUUAUUUGUGACUUAAUUGUAAUUUAUAAUGGAUCAGGCGCCAUCAGAUAUCGAAUUGCGCAAUAUAAUCGACAAAUUAGCUCAAUUCGUCGCUAGAAAUGGACCUGAGUUUGAGCAGAUGACAAAAAAUAAACAGAAGGAUAAUCCAAAAUUUAGUUUCCUUUUUGGAGGGGAAUACUUCAAUUACUAUCAGUAUAAAGUGACUACAGAGCAAGCCAUUUUAAAACAAAAAGGAAUAAACCCAAUGCAAAAUGCAGACCCACGUUUAAACGUUUCGCAGCAACAACAAACACCGGUAGCUGCCGCACCAAUGAAUAACAUGAAUCUUACGCCGUGUUUAAGCACCCAGAACAAUCCGUUAAACCAAGUGGUUGGGAUCGGAGCAGUUGGAAAUUCCGGCUCAGUUUUGCCCGGUGUUCCUGGAUCACUGGCCGUUCCUAACAAUGCCGGACCACCAGGAAUAGGAUCUGUUCCUAACGUGAUCGGAGCUGUGAAUCAACCAAUUGGUGGCUCAGGACAAAAUGUAAAUAUCAAUGGACCAACAGGAUGGCUACAAAAUGAACUAGCGAAUCUUCAAUCACAGCAGUCGGUUCUUCAAGAGCAAGUUAUACAAUCUGAACAGAAUUUAGCUGCUCAACAUGCUUCUCUGAUGAGAGAUCAACAAGGCAGAGUGGAGGAUGCUGUUAGGCAAGCACAAGAAACAGCAUUUCAAAAUAAUGCUCAAAGCACCAAUACUGACUUGGCGGCAUUCGAUACUGUUCUCCAACCAAUCAUCGACAGUUGUACAAAAGACAGUAUUAGUGCGGGAAAAGCUUGGAUACUUCAACACAGUCUUACUGCUCAGAGCAACGAAGUAAUUGCUGAGUAUUUAUUAAAAAAAGUAAUACAAGGAGCGACGUUCAACCAAAAACUUCACAUCAUCUACUUGGUAAAUGACGUGUUACACCAUUGCGCCAGAAAAAAGUCUAUGGAUCUUCGCCAAGCGAUGGAAAACGUUGUUGUUCCGAUGUUUUGUAAUACUUCACUAGCUGCAACCAGUGAUCAACUGACUAAGCUUAAUAAACUUCUCAGCCUGUGGGAGUCCAAAAAUAAUUAUUUUGAUGAGAAUAUUGUUGAAAAGUUGAAACAACCCAGUCAUUCAUGGUCAGACUACCAGGCCGGUCUUGUUGCGCAGUUUGCAAGUGCAAUCACCCCAAUAACUACUUCUACCAAACAAACCUUUGAUAAUUAUCAAGCUCAGCAUCAGGCAUUUGUAAAUCACGCGAUGAGACAAAUUUCAACUAUUGAACAACAAAAAAUAAGUAUUAAUCAGCAAUUAAAAGCUCCAGCUCCACCACCAUCUGCAAUUGUUCCAAAUCAACCAAAUCUCAACAUCCCACCAACACAUAGUGGACCUCCGCCACCAGCUAUAGCUGGUGAUUUAAAUUUCUCUCAACCUCCCCCCGGUUGGGGUGUUCCACCAACAUCUGAGCCACCACCAUUCACUACAGUACCUUUACCGGAUUUUUCAAAACCACCACCAGGAUUUGGACCGCCACCUCUUAUGCAUGAGUCUUCCAUUGAAGAUCUUAUGCCUAGCAUGCCUUACUUUGAGCUUCCAGCCGGGUUGAUGGUACCUUUGAUCAAGCUAGAAGAUGGUGAAUACAGACCGUUAGAUCCUGAAGCUAUAAGAUUACCACCUCCGACUCCUCCAAGCGAACGUUUAGUUGCUGCCGUUGAAGCGUUUUACGCGCCACCUAACCAUGACUCUCCCAGAGAUAGUGAUGGAUGGGAAAAAUUAGGACUGUACGAAUAUUAUAAGGCUAAAAAUGCAGCUCGUAAACGAAAAGAAGAAGAUAUUCAGUCAGGAUUGAGAAUUAAAUCGAGAUCGCCGUCGCCGAUCUCAAGACCUCGAUCAAAAAGUCCUAGUCCGCCAAAGAAACGCUACAAGAGUAAAUCACGCAGUAGGUCAAGGUCUAGAUCUCGAGGAAGAAGUAGAUCUAAAACACCUCCAGCUAAUAAUCAUCGCCGGAAUAAUCGUAACAAUAAUAAUAGCAACAACAACAAUAAUAUUAGUACUAAUAAUAAUAGUAAUAGUAAUAAUGCCCAUGGUAUUAUUAUUCAUAAUAAUCGAAAUCGACGCCGAAGAAAUAGCAAUAAAGAACGAAGUCCUGACAGAAGAAAUGAUAGAUUAGAUCGUAGUCCUACACCUCCGAGCUUCCUUGGCUCCACAUACAGUAAACCUCCACUAGAGUCGUCAUUAGAUGAAAGCAAUAAAGGACAUCAGUUGAUGAAAAAAAUGGGCUGGAGUGGUGCCGGCCUAGGAGCGAAUGAACAAGGCAUUGAAGCUCCCAUCUCUGGAGGAGAAAUCCGGGAUAAAAAUGAUCAGUACAAAGGUGUCGGUAUUAAUUUAAAUGAUCCUUACGAAAACUUCCGAAAAAGCAAAGGGCAAGCUUUUAUUACGCGAAUGAAGGCUCGUGCGGAAGAACGCGCAGAAGAAAGAGGAGAUCGAGAUUAAUUGUUAUUUUUUUUUAUUUCUAUUUUUAUUAAUAAUUAUCUGCUUGCAGUUCUUAAUUUUUGCAUUCCUACAUUGAUAUUGUGUCAAUUGAAUUUGGUUGUUAUUAAGAAUUCUUGGAUUGCUGAAAUUAAAUUUUAUUUUAAAUUUAUUGCCAUUGUAAAUAUUAUGGCAUAUUAUAUCUGAUUUAUGAAACAGUAGUUUAAUAAAUUUUUGAAUUUACAAC